ACGCCAAACACGCCGCAAAACGUCUUCCGAUCCUUCCCCAAACACCCUCGCGUACGCGUCUCUCUUUCUCUCUCUCUCCCAUGGCCACCUCACGCGACUACCACGCCGGCGAUCCGCCGGAGUCCACGCAGCUGCGCAUCGGUGACAUCGCCUGGUCCGACAUCAACGGCGUCUACGACCGCGAGGACUCCCUUAAGGAGAACACCAACCCCAAGUGCCUCCUCAAGAACCACCCCGCCGCCGCCCACACCAGCGCCUCGCAGAGGUUCUCCGGCAACCUCAAGCCCACCGCGGCGUCCAUCAUCGGCCUCCCCGGGAAGCUCGUCCAGGGCGGCGGCGGGUGCGCGCGGCGGCACCACCCGCCGGCCAUGUUCCCCAAGAAGGCCAAGACCGGCGGCGGCGGGCGCAACCCCAAGGCGGCCGUCCCGGAGCCGGGGUCUCCCAAGGUGUCCUGCAUCGGGAAGGUCCUCUCCGACCGCGAGCGCGCGCUCCGGCGGCGCCCGCCGAGGCCGCCGGGUACGAGGCCCGGCUGCUGCGGCGGGUUCGGUUUCCUGAUGCGCCGGAGCCGGUCGAGGAACAGCGCCGUGGAGUGCGUUGACCAGUCCCCGCCCCCGCCCCCGCCGCCGAUGCUAGCCGCGGCGGCAGCGAGGCGGAGGGAGACGAAGGAGUUGGAGGUGCCGCCGGUGUCAGCGCCGGGGCUUGGAGGCAUGCGGCGGUUCGCGUCGGGGAGGCGGUCGGCGGAUUGGGCGGCCGAGAUGGAGGAGGACGGACGCGUGGCGAUGUCUGGACCGUUGUAGUGGGUGCCGAGGGGAAGGGUGUACAGGUAGGACGGUUUGCUUGUUGCUGUGCUUUAGGUGGUAGUUUUUUUUGUUUUGUUUUUGAGUAGGCAUAUCUUGGAAGUACAAGUUUACUUUAUGUGGUAGUUGAGAUGUGUACAUGCUGCAAUUAGGAAUUGAGGGUUUGGAUUGUCAAGUUUGGUUGCUCUGUUUUGGCUUGUUUAAAUUUGUUGCAUAGUCAUCGUACUGUCUAGAAUCUCUUGCUUUGUUUGGCAAAUUAUUUUUGUAAGUCCAGGUUUCUUGUUUUGUGAUGUUGUUUA